GCGUAAGAAGUAGGUUAGUACGAGCAGCAGUGGGGUUCCUGUUCAUUCGAACGUUCUCGGUAGUCGGUACCAUCAGUAAUUUUACGGCUGCAGUUGUAGACUUUCCGGCAAUCGCGUUGGUACCUACGGUCGGCAUGCGAUGUCGUCUUACUAUCGUUAAACAUGAGCCCCGCUUCAUCGGGUGCUCUAGAGGUCGAGCGGUAUAUCGGCGCUUACCUUAUUUCUUCACAAAGCCGUUCAAAAGGAAAUUCGACCAAGCACGUGCGUGACCAAUUCCAUCACAGAGAAGAUUUCGUGCCUCGAUUCAACACCCAUCAGUCGCAAAGAUGUAGAUCGAUCGAUGGAUGGGCAGGUGGCAUACCUUUAAUUUCGUUCGCCAAUUACCAGCGACGUGGACAGUUUGUGAGGUUUCAAGAGAACUAUCCACUAUCACACCUUGCCGUUCACACACAAGGCGCUCCCUUAAUUUUAAACAACAAACACAAUCAGCGCAAGAAUAAAUCGAGCGCCGAUAAAAACUAUGUGAAAACACGUGGACCUAGUGCCAAUUUUAAACCUAAGGAUAAUAGAGGUGUGGAUGCAGUUAGUGUUAAUAGUGAUGAGAGUUCGGCGUCAACAAAUUCCGAAAAUAGUUUACCCAGGAUUAUUAAACCACGCAAACGGCGGAAAAAAGACAGAAAACCCAGCCAUUUAAUAUGCCCUUUGGAAACUGAAGAUUGCUUUUCAACAGACAGCGGGAGUCCAGAAAUUAACACCACCGAAAACGAAAUUAUCGGCUCCCACCUGCCCUUCAUCUUCAGUCGUCUUCAUGUCUCAACCGGAGAUCCAUUGCCCGACAACAUAUCCAGAAGAAAUCACCACACAGAGAUCCAGGAAACUCCAAAGUUGCAUCAUAAGUUUGAAGACGUGGAGGAGCUAUCAAAAGACCUAAACGAAAAUCAACAGGCGAGUUUGUGUCAGUGCCGAUAUUGUGAUCCAGCGGGACAAAUUUGGGACGUACAGCGCCAUUGUUAUUCCCCAUUUUUAACCACUCCCAUACACCAAAGUGAUUUUAAUUUUCCUGAUAUUCAGGAGACUUCGACUAACCACUUUGAUUUAUCAAAAUCUGUAAACAUAAGUGAUCGUGGUCUUUAUUUAAAGGAAGAUCAAAUUGAAAGUAACACUUUUCCUUUACGAUCCUCGAGGGACCUUGAAGUAUCGACCGAAAUUGUGACCUCACUUAAUGGCCAUCGUGAUCUUGAAAUUAAGUUCUUUACGACUCCCAUCAGUUUAGAAAAAUUCUAAUUAGAAGAGUUUUUGAACUUGGUGAUGUUAAACGUGUAAAUAAUUGCUUUCAGUUGCCUGUUUUUUGUUGGCUUUAUAAAGUGAUAUUAAAUGAAUUUAUAUAAACGCAUGCAGGUCAA